AUGAAUGCUGCUGUUGUGACUGAUGGUGCCAUACAACUUGCGCGGGAUCUCGUGCAAGUGGUUGUGGAAGACUAUGCCAGUAAUGGCAUUCCCUCAGAGAGCCUCCAGCAACUGAUCUUCAACGCAUGCUCCAUCAGUCGAGGCAUAGUACCCACUCCAUCUGCUGAAAUUGGCCUUCCAUACAACAAGGAUAUGGCAGAUGUAGCCGAAUUGUGCUAUUUCCCAACCCUGGUUCUCCUAACCUCAUUCGCGGAUGUUCUACGCCAGAAUGAGUUGCCUGUUUUCAAGAAAGGUUAUUUCGGAAGGUAUGAUCCUUCAGCGACCAGAGAGAAGAUGUCUGUUGGCCAGAAAUUUCAUGAAGACAAAAUCAUUUUACUUCAGCUGCUUCCGGAAUUUUGCAUCUUUGGAUAUAAAUCCCAAAUGCCUGCCUUGGAUGUGAUUACCACAGGACUCGCGGAAUUUUGCAAAACCAAGAAAAUUACUCCAUGGCUCUGCUUUGCAUCUCAAAUUCUGCUUGAUGUCCACCACAUCAUGCGUCACAGCCAAGUCAGUGCACUCGAUGACCUUCGUAUGUCCGGACUGCGCAUUCAGAGAACAGUCGCGGAAUAUUUGAAGAUUUCCAAAUCACACCCACAGCCAAAAUUUUGGCCAAAGGAAGGAGAUGAAGAAAUAAAGGAUUUGCACUCAACAGUGGAGUCUUGUAUUAUUGAAGAUCCUAUCUACGCGAUUAAAGUCGAUGUUCUUCCGAGAGGUCAUGUUCCCGAAAAACAUGUGCUUUUCUCUCAACAUACUAUCCUUUGUGGUGUGAAUAUGUUCCACCUCAACAUGAGAAUGCAGUCGGUCGGUCAACGCCUCAUCACGCAAUGGUAUGAUGUCCAGCAACUAGCUUUUUUGUACAAUCUUUUCAGACAAGCACCCAUGCACGCCCAUCUGAGCUGGCCUGACAUGGAAACGUUCAUUAAGAUACACGGCGAAUCACACAUCUUCAUCGGGAGCCGACCCAGGAAUGCUAGCGAAUCUCUCAAUAGACUUGAGCUUGCGACUGGUAUAUCAUCAGCUACCAAAUUUGCCCGUGAUUCGCGCAACCGAAGUGCCUUUCACCGUCCCAACGGAAAGAAUAGCAGAAUACUUGAGCCAACUACUACCGUUGCGAACCUAUUCCGUGGCCAGUAUGUCGCUGGUUGCCGGAAAGAAGAUGAAGGCAUCGAAAAUAUCGACAAAGUUUUGGACGCGCUUUCAAAGGAAGCGGGCCUCGAAGCCACUAGCAAGGAGGCCCAGCUUAGAAAUCCUCAGAAGAUACUUCAACGAAAGUGGGAUCAGACUCAUCAUAUCGGCACGAUCCAACUUCUCGCCCUCAUCAAGAACAAGUUAUUCGAAGAAGAGCCUGUGAUUUUAUUCAACUACUUUGGCAUGCAUAAGCGCUCUCUAGAAUUGCUCAGAGAGAUCAAGGCGAAAGAACACCAAAAGUUCGUGCAGUAUUUUACUCCAUCUUACAUGCCUGAUGAGUCUUUCAUUUCCAAUAUUGUUCUAUUGGUCCAUCAUGUUGCAAAAGGUUCUGCACAGAAUGCGAAAGACAUGGGGAUCACGCCCAGGGCCCCUGGUGCUCAGAUUAUCAGUCGGAUUGUUGUGAGCUGCGGCGAUGUUAUGCAAGUGUAUCUGCGCAAAAAUGGGGAUGUGGCCUGCAAAGAACUCAAGAUUUUCUGCAAGAACAAAACACCAAUUCAGGAGAUCGCCGAAGAUGACGGUGACAGGUCUAAGCAAUUCAUGUCUUGGGUCAAUUUCGAAGACGUUCUUGGUCCUAAGGCAAUGGCCUCACUUAUGACCGGUGUUCCGGUAUCUUAG